GUUUGCUGGGCUCAGGGUGAUAAUGGUUUAUAAGGAAGAGGAUUUGCUCUGAGAAGAGCAUUUAGAAUUCACCAUGAAGGGGACACUUCUUCUGCUGGCCUUGCUGGUGAUUGGAGAGUUGGGCUUCCAGACAACGGAAGCAUGUGUUCCUUUUGUCGGAGCCUAUGUUACAGUACUGGGUGGAAAUAGGCUAACUCUGAAUUCCUACCUUUCGUUGUUUCAAGCUACUGCAGCGCAAAGGGUGGUCUUUGAAAAAAUGCAGGACUGCUUCAGUGAGGAACCAGCAACCACCCUAUUGAUGAAUCCCCAAAUGAUGACCUAGCCCCCAUCAUGCCUUCCAGAACCUUCUCCCCAUCUUCCCUGCCUGGCUAUGGCAGCUUUCAAGCUGUGGAUGGGCUCCAGUUCCCUUGAGGCAGAGUCUGUUGCUGGAGACCUGAAUCACUGCAUGGAUUUUCUUUCCUGUGGAUGAGGAGCAGUCUCUAUGUGUGUGCUUGGGGAGCCUGCUGAGCUCCUGCACCUUGCCUGUAGCCAGCUCUCUCCCUGUCUGUCUCUCUGUUUUUCAGAUAGCUCUAUUCUUGAGCCCAGAAUGCAAGGCAUACUAUACCGAAGAUACUAUAAACAAAAUGAUGGAUAUGUUUAAACUGAAUUAAAUUAAUUAGAAGUUAAUGGUUUAUAGACAACCCAUCUUUGCAACGCAUUUGAUACGAGUGCCAUCUUGCUGACCUGUCCUCUUUCUAUCCUGACGUUGGAUUCCUGAUACCUGUGCCCUCAUCCUGCAGUCUCUUAGGCUGAUUCUAAUAAAUGCCUGCAGCUCUGUUCUGUGCC